AUGUCCAAUUCAAAGGAAGGUUGGUUAAAAAUUAGAAAAAAUGAUCAAACAAAAUGGCAUCGUCGAUAUUGUAUUAUUGAUUGGGAUAAAUCAGUUUUAUUUAUUGCAUCAAAAGUUGACACACGUUAUAGAGAUUGGAUUAAACUUUUACCAAAUAUAAUUAUUAAUGAUUUUGAAUAUUCAUUUAAUAAUGAAUCAAAUCAUAAUAAUAAUAAUACUUUAGUAAUUAAUACAAUUGAAAUUAUUUCUGAUAAUGGAACAUCAACAAAUUACUUACAAGCAGAAACAAAAAAAGAUUAUGAUAGUUGGUUAUUAGCAUUAAAACAAACAGCAUAUAGUCGAGUGGGUGGUGGUAAGUUAAUUCUUUAA